AUGACAAAACGCACGCGCAAGGUCGGUGUUACCGGAAAGUACGGCACGCGUUACGGUGCGUCCCUGCGCAAGCAGGUCAAAAAGAUGGAGAUCACCCAGCACGCACGCUACACCUGCCCCUUCUGCGGCAAGGACGCCGUGAAGCGCAAGGCUGUUGGCAUCUGGAACUGCAACUCGUGCCGCAAGUCGAUUGCAGGUGGCGCAUGGACGCUCACCACCACCGCUGCCGCGACGGUUCGCAGCACCGUUCGCCGUCUGCGCGACAUCACGGAGGCAUAG